AUGAAUAUCAUCCUCUCUCGGUAAGAAAGACUAGCUUGCUCUUUUUAGAAAUGUUCCCAUUUGCAGUCUGAUUUUAAAUCUGCUCUUUGAGGUGCAGAACGUUCAGGAAAUUAUGAGUCAGGGUGGCAUGGGUGGCACUGACUGGAGUUUUUGUGAUUAACAUCAGCAUUAUUAUUAACACAGCAGCAACAACAGCACAUAUUACACAAUACAGAAAAACAUAAAUCAGAAAGACAAGCCUUGGCCCCAAAAAGAUUACAAGCUAAUUUUUGACAAAGAAGGAGGCAACAGAAAAAUGGAUGAAUAGGACAAGCGACAGUUGCAAGGUAUGAAUGUAAACCAAUGCCGCUGUUGUACUUUGGCUUAAUUUCACAGAAGGAGGGGAAAUAAUCAUGUUCAGGGGUAUAAGAAGAAAAGCAAGAGUGUAGAAAGAUAUUUAAGGCUGAUUAAGAAGAAAGGUAGAGGGCCUAGAACAGGCAUAGGCAAACUCUGGCCCUCCAGAUGUUUGGGACUACAAUUCCCAUCAUCCCUUGCUAACAGGACCAGUGGUCAGGGAUGAUGGGAAUUGUAGUCCCAAACAUCUGGAGGGCCAGAGUUUGCCUAUGCCUGGCCUAGAAAAAAUGCAAAGCACUCCCCUUCACCAGCAAGACAUGCACAGAGGAUGCAUAGAUUGUUAAGUAUAAGGGAUAUAAGAAGAUACACAUGGGAUAACCUACAAGGCUUAGGUAAAUAUGUAUGGGACAGAUAAGCUUCUAUGGGGGGGGGAGGAUAAGCUACGUAGGCACAGUGACCCAAGACAAUACGUACAUAAGCAUAUGAAAUAUGCAUGAGAGGUAUAGCUAAGUAUGCACUGGGGUAGGAAGAUAUACAUCAGAGAGGUAGCUAUAGGUUCAUGGAUGGUAGUAACUAAGCACAGAGGGCAUAGCAUAGGAAAAUAUGUACCAGAGGAAGUAGCCAAGCAUGCUUGGAAGACGGCAGGUAGCUAAGGAAACAUGGAGUAGCUAAGCAUAGAAGGAACAGGAAGAUACACAUCAGAAGAGGUAGCUAUGAAUGUACAGGAGAGGUCAGCUUGUACAGGGGAAGACAGGAAGCUGCCAUUUACCCUGAUGACAAAGACCCACCAAUGGUAGACUGAAUAGAUGCUUUACGGAAAUUCUUCAAUUAAAGCCAAUCAGCCUUCCUGAGAACUUUGGAAGAAUGAUAGCGGAGUGGGGAAGUGGGGGAGAGAAAGAAUGUCUAGGGGAGAAGUAUAUAAGAAUAAAAGGUCAGAGCAGGAGGAACUUACCUCUAAUCUACCUCAAAGCACCCCUGCUUUUGAAGCUCUAACUGCAGCCCAAAAUCCAGUAGGCGAAGCUUUUUCUUGCAUGCAGCUGCAGUGCUGAUGAAAACCUCACCUGCUUAGAUUUUUUUGUGCCAUGUUAGAAGAGGGAUAGAAGACGACAAACCUAGAACUAGGGAAUCAACAGAAGGAAAUCAAUUUUUUAAAAAGAGGCCUGGGGAUUUUUUUAAAAAAUAUGUUGCUGUGUGAAAAAGAUGUAGGUGUCAGUGCCAAACAAGCCUCUCCCUUAGGAAAGAAGUCCAUAGAUAUGAUACCACAAUACAAAAAGGUCUUUGCCUGACCUGGCUGCUACUCAACUCACCUGAGAGUGGAGAGCACGUGAAGGCCUGCUGCAAAUAAUAAUCUCUGCACAUGGGUAGGUAAAUAUGAGAGGGGGUAGUCUUUGACAUCACCAGAAGAAGAAAAAAUGAGGGAAGAAGAGAAACACAAUGUCUACAGCUUACAGCACAACAAACUCAUUUUCCCCCACUGCACUUUAAGUCUCAUUUGCACUUGCUGUGCACACCAGAGAGGGGGCGAUGACAUUUUCACCCGAUGCACAUUACCUAAUUUGUUUUUUCGGGCCUGCAACUUCCUAACCCCAAAACAUUUAAUGAAGCUGACAUCUUUGCAAGGGCUGUUAUGGCUUGAGCCUAGGCUCUUGAAGGAUCAUAUCUUCCUGCCUGAGUGCCAGGUGUGCCAACUUGAAUGGAAUAUUGGGGGGAGGCAGGUGAGCCCCACACUGCAUAUAUGAUCACAUGACAUGGCACACAUGCACUCACCAACUUUGGGGGACCCUAGGCUGGGUGCUAAUAUCCUCAGGGGAGUGAGUACCUUCUUUUGGUCCAAUUAACAUCAGAGGCAGAGCUGGUGGUGACAUGAGAGACAGCCUUUUCUGCAACUGCUCCUGUACUGUAGAAUUGCCUCCCAAGAGAGGUUAGACUGGUUCCCUCUUUGUUAUCUUUCCACAGACAGGCUAAUACUGCCCUGUUCAGACGAUGUUGACAACUGGGCCAUUAUCAGGACAAUUGGUAUUUUAAUGUUGGUUAUGAAUGUGUUUUAUUGUAUUUUAACUAUUUUUUAAACUGGUGGGGUUUUUUUAGUUUGUAUUUUAAAAUGAUGAUUUUAGAAGGUCAUAAGCUCCCUUGAACCCCAACUUGGGAGAAAUGCAGGAUACAAAUAUAUUAAAUAAAAUGAAUCUGCACAUGUACAACAGCUGUCUCUCAAAUGUACACAUGCCAGCUUAACUGUAGCUUACAUUUUCAAACUGGAUGGAAGCUGCAGGAUACAUGUGGAUUAUAACUAACAUCAUGUUUACUCAGCUUCAAACACCAGCAGUGGGAGCACACUGAAGAUGAAGUAAACAGGGUAAUUGUGUGCAUAGCCUUAAAUAAAUAAAAAAGCAGGAACUUGUUUCCCUUUUCCAGAGACACCCAAGUGAAGAUAAUGGAGAAUAUAGUCACCAAUGCAGAGAAAUAUUUUGGGAAAUUCUGCAUUCUGAUGGCUGCUUACACACGCAAGACUGCAAAGCUUCGAGACAAGUCAGACCUGCUGGUCAAGCAGCUCAUUGACUAUGGAAACACAGAGAAUCCUGAGCUGCGGACCACUGUGAAAAACUUUGCUGAGGAACUGGCAAAGGUGCAGGAUUACAGGCAGGCAGAGGUGAAAAGCUGACCUUGACAACCUAAAUCCAGAGCAGUGGGUGUGCAUGAAGUAAGAGCAAGGGAAUAUCCAUUCUGUAUUAAGAUCAGAAAAAAGAUUCUUGUAGGGCCCUAAAGACUCUUUGCUACAACAGACAAACACAGACAUCCUCUCGAACUAAUAUUCUGGAUGACUUGUUUUAUUUUACCUUAUGUGGCAGAAGAACUGUGUUUUCAUCAACUGCAUAACUGGCAGGGAUCAAACAGGUGCAACCUGUUUAUUAUUGUUGUUAUUAUUAAUUUAUAUACCACCCUUCAUGUGAAUAACACAAGGUGAUAUACAGCAUAAAAAUACAUAACAUAACAAAAACAAAUGAAAAAACCCCUAACGGUGCACCAUGGUUGUCAAUGUAGCAAUUCUUAAAAUGUGUGUUUCCUUAUGCUUGUCCUGCUUUCUCCAUUAGGUGGAGAGACUGGAGGUGAAGGUUAUUGCACCUCUGAAGAUGUAUGGGGUGCUCAUCAAGCAAACUAGGGUAAGCAAAUAAUUUAUUUUAAAAGACAACCCCACACCAAAUUCACUGUGGAAUUGCAAUGACUUUCUAAACUAGGACACAAGCUCAUGCAGAAGCAGGUGUAGGAACAUAGGAAGCUGCUUCUAUUAGCUUUGACUGGUAAAUGCUGCUGUGAGGUUGCUGCCUGGAGCUAACAGUCAUUAACAUGUUACACCUUUGUUGAAGCAUCUGCACUGGCUGCCAUAAGCUACCAACCCAGGUUCAAGGUGUCUACUUGUUUACAAAGCUGUAAACAAAUUGAGAGAUAGCUCCUUUAGACAAUAUCUCACCCCUUACACCCCAUGACACAGAACCACCCCUGGUGGUACCAAGGACUCCUAUAUUUGCCUUCUGUCUAGCAAUAGUAGGGCUUCUAGAGUUGUGGCCUAUUUAACAUGAAAUACAUUAUCACAUGAGAUGAGACAAGCUCCCACAAUCAGUUCUUUCAGAUGCAUACUUAAGACCUUAUAUUUCCCUAAGCUUUAGCUUAAUGAAAAUUUUAAUUAUGGUCAACUGAGCAUUCUCUGGUGUUGAACUGUUAACUGUAUUAUUUUUGUUGUAUAUUUUAUACUUAGUUUUGCUUUUUUGAACCAUACUCUGAUAUUUUAUAAUGUGAGGGCUUUUUAAAAUUUAAAAUAUACCAAUAAAAUUGUUGUAUUUUGCUACAUUAAACAGGCCGAGAUUAAGAAAUUCAACAAGGCCCGAAACAAUGAAAUAAAGCAGCUAGAGAAGUUGGAGAAGAUCCGACAGAAGUCACCAUCCGACCGACAGAUGAUUGUAUCCUUGUCAGCAUGUUGCCGCUUCAAUCUCUUCCCUACUCUGGCAAAAACAGUCCUGGCUCCCCCAGUACUGCAGAGUUCCGGCCUUCUUAAUGCAGCUAGAUCAGGAAGGCAAAGUUACAAGCCCUUGCUAUGGGUGGCUUUUAUUACAGUGAGGUUUCCUUCUCAGCGUUCCACAAAGCAGUGGAAUUCAAUGAAACCUAUUGGAAACAGACAUACACAGGGAAAACCAUCUCCUUGAAUAAGGAAAAGCAAAAUAGAUUGUUGCAGGCUCACAAUCGGCUCUCUGGAGAGGGAACUGGGGCCCUGAUGAGAUGAAAAUAGUAUGAAUAAUGCUCAGAUAACAAGCAUAGAUUUUGAAAGCACACACACCCUGCACUGCACGAUUACUUCCUUGUCACAGACCUGCAAACAUGAAAUUGGAGAUAAAAACACAUGACCCCUGGACAUACAUUUUAGUAAGGGCAUGCAAAAAAUUGUGCCUCAAGUCUGUUGCUAUGCUAGGCUGCGCCCUGGAAUUUAUUUACUUCACAAAGGUGAGAAAGCCCCCGCACAUGUGCAGAGGGCCUGUCACCACUGAGUAAUCAGUGCCAUCUUAGAGGGCUAGAGCAUCAACAUCUUAGAUUCUCCAGAAGCACCUUUUGAUUUAGGCUAUGUACACAUCAUACUUUUAAAGCACAUUACUUCCCCCAAAGGAUCCUGGGAACUGUCAUUUGUUACCUUGCUUUGUUGUUGGCAUCCAUCUGUCUCAAGAGACCAUGUAGUGAGGAUCUGGGGGUCAAACAGUUGUGCUAGCAGCACUGAAGUGACCACUCUGAUGCAAGCCUGGGCACUGUGUAUGGAGGUCUUGGGCUGCCCAGACUACAAGACCCCCCUCUUGGCCUCACUGAUGUAGUCCAAAGGAAAGCAGAGCAAUAUAUCUGACACCAGCUUGGCUGCCAGAGUUGCAGGAAGGAGACGUACAAGGCCCCAUCCAACCAUCUUAGAGACUCCGUUCUGGAUUUGUGUAAGAUUUACUCCUUAGCCUUUUCUUCUUCAGAAGAUAUCCCACAAGGAAGCAGAGGUUUAGGAUCAGAGUUUUCCUUCUUCUAGAAGAGCUACAUUCCCAGUUUAACAAGCCCCUUCUUCCCCUCACUUCCAUCUACAGCUUGUGCAGAAACUGCCUUCUUGACCACUGGACCCACCACUGGUCUCAUCCACUCAAUCAGCUGGAGCCUGUCUUUGCAUGCAUGCUCACAGAGGGUUUGAGACCCAUUGGCUACCCUCACCUGGUUUAGAAGGCCAGUUAAAGCUGUUUCCUUGGAUGUGGCCACUGUCACAUGCUGACAGCUUCUAGGAGCCACAGGAGAAAGCUUAGUGCAGGGUGGGAACCAAAGGUGGACAGAAAACCCUAGAAGGAGCAUGACGUGUCUCCCACCAGAGGUACAACCCCUCCCCCAUCACCGCACACACCCAUAAUUUGUUAACAAAUCUCAAAAUUGUAGCUCUAUGAGGAACAAACAAGAGUUCCCAGGUUUCUUUGGGGAAAGCCAUGUACUUUAAAUGUGUUUUAAAUGUAUGGUGUGUAUGCAGCCUUAGAUCUUGAGUGCAGGCACACUGCAGCAAACCCAAUUCACUAGUCUUCAUUAUUCCCAGGGGCCCAGAUUUGCCACCUAAUUCCUUCAGGGUCUGAUAUUCUAAUCUAAAUAUCCAAAUAGCUUCCUAGCAUCAGUAUGUUUAAAAUAUCAGAGAGAAAUGUGAGUCCUCUUAUUUCAUGAAACAUUCACCCAAAGGGGAAAUAAGUCCUGUGUUGGUGAAAGAAGCAAAACAUCAUAAUCCAGGCAGCUCAAAAAAAGAUUUCCCUCCUUUUUUUCCUCCUUCCCUUGGCAAAAGAUAUUUUAAUCAGGAACUUCUUCAAAAACUAUCCCUUUUCUUCCAAAGGGAGAAGCUCUCAGCAGCAAAAUCCUCAGGAAGAUUCUCAAGGGGAGGAGAGGAGGCUUGACAUUCUCUUAAUCCCUGCUGUGCUAAACUCAACUGCUGAGAGAGCAGCCAUAAAACAAGGGAAAGACAGAAAGAUGCAGGAGGCAGCUGUGGAGCAAUCUUCCAGGGAGGUAGAAGAGCGCGCUCUCUCUCGCUCGCUCUCUCUCUCCCUCCCUCCCUCCCUCCCUCCCUCCCUCCCUCCAAGAGGCACACAGAAGAUUGUGCGGGGCAAAAUGCUGUUUCUUCCAGGAGACAAUCCUGCACAUUUGAACUGAAAAGAUUAAACUGCAUCCUCCUUCCCACCCUAUUACCAAAUUCUCAAACUUAUGGACUCAAGGCCCACAGCCAUUUAGCAGAGUCCAGCAGCUUAUUGAACAUUUGGCAGAAUAUUUUUAUUUAUUUGAAGCAUUUUUAUCCCAUUAUUCGACUUAAAAGGGUCCCAUCUCUUCCUCUGAUAGAGCUUGAUAGAAUACAGAGCUGCCAGGCGACAGUUGAGGGUAGAGCCAAAUGAGGCUGGUGUCUCAGAAGAGCUGAUGGAAUAGCCCUGUUUCCCAUCUCUCUAAUAACAGCUUGAUGGAAUGGCUGACACCAGAAGAAGGGAAGACCAAAAGGAGCUUGCAUGUCCCCCCACCCCUUACCUGACUCAUCUUUUCAGUGGUACCAACUAGCUGCCAUAUGUUGAGCUCCGGACCUAGACUCAUUUCGCCUAUUCUGCCCCUCAGGGAGCUCUGUAGAAGAAACACACCAACUAGGUGUCUCUUGUCAGCAGAGAUCUUCUAGAAAAUCGGUGUGAACAACUAUAAUGCCUGAUCCCCUGGGUCAUGCCAAGAGUGUCACAUGUGCAAUAUAGAGGCAGCAUAGUCUGUGCACAUCAGAGAGGAAGGAGUAUCUUCACUUGAUGCACAUUACCUGAUUUAUUUCCUCCUGCCUGUAACCCUGCCAAACUCCUAUUCAGUAAAGCUGUCAUCUGUGCAUGCACUAUAAACUGUGCAUGCUCAAUGGCUGUCUCUCAAACGUACACACUCAGCUUACCUCUAGGUAGCAUAUGUUUUGAAACUGGAUGGAAGCUGGAUUGAGGGGGGAAAACACCAAACAGCAAUAUUCUCAAGAAACUACAGGAUGCAUACGGAUUGUGGCUAAUGCUACAUAUGUUCAGCUUCAAACACUGGAGCCAGAGUAAAUUAUAAUACAUGCACAGUAGGUGAUAUUGAUGUCUCACUCCCCACACCCUUUCCUUCCCCUCCUCAAUGCCACAGUUUCUGUGAUCUACUAAUGGAUUUGACUGCCCUCUGGUGCUGAAACUGAACAUGGGCCCCUCUCACCACAAACCACUACCAAAAUCUGUCUGUACAAGAACAAAGAGUUUUGUGGCACAUUAAAGAUUAAAAACUUAAGCUGGAAGUCUUUAAGGUGCCAUAAGACACUGCUUCUUUUGCUGCAACAAGCUAACAGGACUACCACUCCAGAAACCACUUUUGUAACAAAUAUUAUGAUGGCCUAAAGAGGGACCAGAGGGUAUCCAGGCAAGUCAAGUGUAUCCAGCUUAUAAAGAUUGAUGCACGACCACACACAUGCUCAUCACCCCAGACCCAGAAGUGGCUCAAACAUAGGGGCAGGGCAGGGGCCACGUGGGCUUAUGCAUGCUCCACUAACACAUGGGGAUGGGGCAGGAACGCAAACCCCGCGCAAAUGGAGAGUUGCCUGUAUGUGAAAUUUAUCCUCUUCAAUAGCCUCUAGCUUGAAAUCCUGCUCAGGAUCCUGCCUCCUGUUUCCCAUAUGUCACAAAGUCUUGUCCUUUCUGUCACAAAAUGCCUAUCUGAUGAACAGUCUGGGAAUAACUAAGUGUGUUGAUAAAAACAGUCUGGUUUGUUUUUUUGAAGACUGAAGAAAGUGUCUGCUUGCAGGCUUCCCAAUGGGGUAUCUGGUUGGUCACUGUGAGAACAAAGUGCUGAACUAGAUGAGCCUCUGGCCUGAUCCAACAGCCAGACUCUUCUUGUGUUCUUUUAGCAGUGCCUCAGUCAAGAAGGCACCAACAACUCAAACUGGUAUUUCUUUGCUCCCCUUUUGAUUUUUUCCCCCUUGACUCUUAUACUCAGUCACAGGUAAGGGAUUAGAUCACCACUGUGUGUACGUUAACAUGCAAGUUGAAGUGAAGGCAUAAGUAUGAACACUGGCAUCCACAGCUACCAUUCCCCAUUUGCUCUAGAAAAGUUGGCUACAAGUGCAACAGUAAGAGCAUUCACACCAUCAGUUUAAGCACUGGCAUUCUGCUGGCACUACUUCUGGGUAAGUUCUUAUACUAUAGCAUUUGCGCUUGACUUCAGUCUGUUCGAGAAGCACACUGGAGCAGAGUUUUACAUUUCAGACUUCACAUGUAUUUGUAAAUAGUUCCAUUGAUUUCAGAGGGAUUAGGGACUGACUCACAGACAAGAUAUAUAUUGUGACUCUCAGCACAAUUCCUGCAGCACCACCAGCAAAAAGCAUGGAUCUUGAUCCAGCUUCAUUUGCUCACAACUUAUUGUGCACAGCAACAAAUGGCAGAAGACAGAGAAAGGAAUCUCCAUCCAUAUCAAGAAAUGCACCCAGCCAGUUCAAAGCACUCAGGCCUAGCCCAUACAUGACGCAGAAUUACAUUGACCUGAAAUAACAGAGUGCACGGGACAACUUCAGACUUCACAAUGGUAAAUCACACUUUUAAUCCUCUCCAAUAAACAAAAAACACUGUUGGGUUCUUCCCUGAAAAACUAGCUUUUCCCUGCCCCAUACAUGUGUGAAUGUACAUUUCCCCAGUAAUCUUUACAAAAGCCUAAUAAAGUAGGUAGGCACCAUAUUGUAGAUAGGGUGGUAAACAUGCUUAAGGGCACCUAGUGAAUUCAUGGCUGCUGAAGUAAUUUUGAAGGGACAUCCUAUUUUACAUUUUACAGUGGUAUCUAUGACGUUGUACUAAUUCUCAUAGCCCAGGACUCGGAAAUAUUUAUGCCACUGCAAUCUUAAAAUAUUGGUGGAGCAGAUUUCAGUUGUACUCCAACAGUAAAUGAAAUGCAUUUAAGAUGACAUGCGCAGAUUCUCAUGACCCAUGCAACACAAAUUAUUUCCCUAUAUUUAUAUUAUGCUGCAAUCAGUGAGACAGGGCCCUAUAAUUAUGCUCCGCCAAAUCCGGCAAAACUCCAAAGCAUUCACAGUAGGAUAUUUUAUACACAAAGGUCAAGCUUCUAUUCCCCCAUAAUCAGGGGAGGGAGGUCGCUUAAAAAGAGAGUGAAUAACAAUUACUUAGGCCCUUGCAAAACUUUGGCAGAAUUACCACCUUGCAAAUAAAUGUACAUAAGUGUCCAUGGAGAGUGAUACAUUUAUCCUGUCAGGCGUCGCUCAUCCUGAUAAGCAAGAGUGACUCACUGUGCUCUGCUGGUCCAGAAGUCACACACCACUUGUUUACAACUGUAUCUUAAAUAGCACUUCUUGUCGUAAAUCUACUUUGCUUAGUUGCAUCCAACACUCAUUAGGGUUCUAACAGCUCACAGCAAGGCAGUGCUGAGUGGAAGCUGAUUUAACUCAUCAGCAACCUACAGUGUCUAUUCUACACAAAUACUUUGGGAAAGAGGAGUUGGUGCUACCAAAAUCUGUUGGGACUGAUCUUACCAUGAAGCAACUUGAAGCAGAUGCUUCCGGAAACAGAUUUCACAGGAGGCGAAUGUUCCUCAGGAUAAGGCCAAAGGCUUGUUUUCCUACACUGGGAACAGUUCAGCAUUAAUCCUUUUUUCUUUCUUUUGGCCUACAAAUCAACCUCUCCCUGCAAUGCAAAGCUAAGCCCCUUAUCUGUUCACUGCCUUCCAGUGCUACCUGCUAGAGGGAUCUUUCACAGUGCAAUCACACACAUUCACACACCUUGGUGCAGCAAUGUAAGUUUUGGAUUUCUUAAAGCAUAACCCAAUGAGCAUAUAAAUGAAGAAUUAAUUUACGCCCUUAAAAAGUGAAUGCCACCCAGGGCUCAUCUGGGAGGAAGGCUAGGGUAUACAUUUAAAUAAUAAUAAUGUGCUUCAAAGUUAUUAACAGAGAUGGCCAUAAGGUUUGCAGAAAGCAACUUUUCCUUGGCAAUUCCCACAACAGAACACAUGGCCAUGAUUCCCCGUUUCACUAGCAGAGAGGGCAGGUCACACAAUACAUUUAAAGUAAAUCCAAUGCACAUUUAAAGCAUUGGCUAAACUGAUGGAAGCUGUCAAGACCAACUACAACAAAAGAUACAAUGAAAUUCAGCAUCACUGGGACAGCAACAUCCUGAGGCCAAAGAAUCUGAGGAACUGUAGUUUGUUAAGAGUGCUGGGAAUUGUAGCUUGGGGGAAACUAUAGUUCACAAGAUUGAGGGAAGUCAUGUUUGUUGGGUAUGCAUUAAAUGUAUGAUGUGCAUCUGCCUAAAGAUCCUCUGUCAGUAAGACAGGUAAAGGUAAAGGGACCCCUGACAGGUAAGUCCAGUUGUGGACAACUCUGGGGUUGUGGUGCUCAUCUCGCUUUACUGGCCGAGGGAGCCGGCAUUUGUCGGCAGAAAGGUCUUCCGGGUCAUGUGGCCAGCAUGACUAUGCCGCUUCUGACGAAACAAGAGCAGCGCACGGAAACACUGUUUACCUUCCUGCUGGAGCAGUACCUAUUUAUCUACUUGCACUUCGACGUGCUUUCAAACUGCUAUGUUGGCAGGAGCUGGGACCGAGCAAUGGGAGCUCACCCCGUCGCGGGGAUUCGAACCGCCGACCUUCCAACUGGCAAGCCCUAGGCUCAGUGAGAUACUCAGGAUUAAAAGGUAGGAUACUUAAAUCACAGCCUCAAAGCUUAACAUUACACCCCUGUCUUUGCCUAGGCCGAGUCUCAAGUACAUAAAGCCUCUGUUGAUGCGAACCGAACUACACAACAACUUGAAGAGACCAUGGAUGAGUUUCAGAAGCAAAAGCUAAAAGAUAUUCAGGUAAUAAGGACUUCUUAGUGGGUAAUCAUAACAUGAGGCUUAAGGUUGCAAUUCUACAUCCAUGUACUUGGGAGGAAGCCCAGCGAGAUGGGCAGAGUAUAAAUAAUAAAUAAAUUAUUAUUAUUAUCAUCAAACUUAGUGGAAAAUUUGCAUGUCAGACAUGAACUUUAACGUGUGGGUACCGCAGUUGUUGAGAGCAAUAAAGAUGAUUAUUUUGGGGAAAUGGGUUUUCUUUCAGAAAAGCCCUCCUAAUUUUUCAACUCCUUUUCUCAAAAGCCCAUAGGAUUGUGACCACCACCUUUAUCACCCAGGCUGGGAAGAACUAUUUACUUCUACUCUGCUAAUCAAUCAAAUUCUGGAAUUAAUAAGAAUGAAACAUAAUAUAGUGAUGGGGAAUGCAAAUUACUCUGGUGUCACAGAAAAGGAGGGAAAUCUAUGAUAACACAUAUUAAUUUAAAUGGAAAGUUUAAAACAGGAAUAGAAAACCCGUGGACUCCCAACUCCUAGUCAGCAUGGUAAAUGAUUAUUAUGGGAAUUGUUCUCCUGCACCAUUUGGAGGGCCAAAGGUUUGUCAUCAUGGUUUAAAGGUAAUGACAAUGUUUUGAGUAUGAUUAAAUUUUUGAUCUGGCAAAAUAAGGAUUGAAAACAUAGAAGUGUGGCAUAGCCUCUUUCACUCCCAUUUUAUAAUCUAUCCCCAGAAGUUGCCAAUAGCAAACCAGAGGUUUGCCCUGGUGCCCACAAAAUCCCUGAAAUGAACACACACACCCAUUGCCUCCUUUGAUGUAAGGUGACAAGUAUGGUUACCCCUUUCCCUCCUUAAACAGUAUAUAGAGCUGAAGAAGAAAGUUGAAAGAGUGACAUCUCUAUGAACUUUUCAAAGCUCAGGUCAGUACCUGAGCAGAUGACUAGAAAGCAGAGCAACUAAGAGAGGGUUGAAAGGAAAGGUAAGUGAUCUGGGGGAUAGGGGGAGGGAGGAGGAAAAAUAAGCAGCCAGAGGGGAGAAAAUGGGGUGCCACAGAAAUCAGGAAAGAGUGUCAGAGACAGACAGACAGACAGACAGGGAGAGAGAGAGAGAGAAAUGGUGCACACAUGCAUACACAAACAUGCAUGUUUGUUCCAGUAAAAUGGAUUCACUUGAAACUGCAUACUUUUUUCACACACUUCCCAUCAACCAACAAAUCACAUCUGUCUCCAUUGACUAAACCAUAAAAAUCACAGAACUUAUGUUUUCCAGCAUUGCUGUGGCACAAAAACAUGGAUCCUCAUAAUUAUUUAAGGGAUCCCUUCAAAACCACAAUAACAAGGGUCUUUGCUGUUUAUAUAUGUAUUUUGUGAUUUGUUAGUGGUUUUGCUGUGUCAUCCUAUGUAAAAAAAUCAUGGAGAUCUAUGAGGAUCUGUGCCUUAGAUAAAUGUUUCCAUAAUGCCAGUAAACACCCUGUCUGAGAGUUGUACUGUCCAGCCUACCAUUUUAUGUUUAACUUUGAUAGUGCGGGGGGGGGGGAUCCAUGUAAAAUCAUGCAAAUUCAAGAGCAUGCAUUUUAAGUCUGCUUGAUCCAACUUUUACCCAGACUCCAUGGAAGAGCAAAUAAACUUUUCCAAGGAGGCUCAGUAAUAAUCAGAUCCAGUAGAAUCAAUGCAUGUGCACACAUACACUUUCUCACUUCCUGUCUCCCUGGGAGUGAGAGGGUAAACCUGGCACUAAGAGAAAAUAAGCAACUGGAAUGGGUGGUGCCCACAACACACUCUCAAAUUUCCAAAUGUGCCCAUGGGGUCCAAAAACCUUGGCAACCAAAAUGAAGUCUCAGUUAUUUUCACAGACAAAAAAUUAGUUGGCUGCUAAUUACCUUUCCCCUUUGCCAGAAAUGAAGUUUUAAAUCUUGCCAAUGUUCAAGUUACACAAAUUGAAAAUGAAUUGAAAAGCUAAACUGAAAAUGGAAUAUGUAUUAUUCUCUCCAGAGAGUAUUAGAUCUAUUAGAUUGUUCCAGUAAGCUUGCAAAUAAAUGCAUGAAAUGGAUAGAAGCAGUGCUUCUUUUUUUAAGGUGCUGGUACUCACCAUGAGGUUGUUACAGUAAAUGCCACACUUUUAACAUUUGGAGGAAAAACAGUGCUGGUACUGCAUACCCUUGAGUACCUCCAUUUAAAAAAGCACUGGAUAGACGCUCUUAUAUCUUUUGCCAUUUAUUUAUUCUACCUUCCAUACUUCUGAAGUGGUUGUAUCAACCCAAAGGAUAUGACUGCUUUAAGCAAGAAUUAGUGUGUAUUCAAUUGUGAUAUUAUUUUUUUUACUUCCCAUUUUCUGUUAAACAACGAGACUCAAACACCUUAAGAGGAGGGGAAAGUGCAUUUAUAAAAUGGCUUACCCCAUCCUGUUCAAACGAAGAGAAAAUCGGCACUUUCUGUGGUUGAGGUCUCAAGAUUCCUCACCCAGCAAGGUCACUUUGUGGGGGGGCUUCACAAACCAAGUUGGGGGUAAUGUCAAGAUGUGCUGUCUCCUUUCAUUACAGAAGAUCUUCUUGGACUUUGUCACCAUUGAGAUGACCUUCCAUGCAAAAGCCCUAGAGGUCUAUUCCAAUGCCUUCCAAACCCUUGAAAGCUAUGAUGCAGAGAAAGAUCUGGAGGUAGCUGAAUCUGUGAAAUAAUACAAAAAUGAAAUUCACUCAUAACAGAGUAAAUUAAAAAUUGCUAUCUUUUGAUUUAGAAAACACGAAUCUAGGAGGGCCAAUCUAGGAGGCCAUAGGCCCUGCUCCCUCUGAAGAGGACCUGAGGCCUUUCCAAACCUGCUAGGCCUCUCUGAGAGGGCCAAGAAGGCCUCACCCCUCUCCCUCUCCACCACUGUGAAUAUGCUCAGUGUCAUAAGGAAGCAGAAGAAGCCUAGUUUUCACUGAGGGAAAUAAAUAAAUAAACCUGUACCUGGCCUAUAUAUACCUCUUCAGACUGCAGGUUGGGGUUUUGUCACUGAAAGUUCGUUCCUCAAGCUUUGGGAAACAAAAAGCUAAAAUGUUACAGAAAGUUUGCAUACACAUGCCAUACUUAUAAAGCACAUUAAAAGCACAUUCCCACAAGUGAGAGAAUUCUAGGAACUGUCGAUUGUUAGGGAUUCUGGGACUUGUAUGUUGGGACUUGUAGCUCUGUGAGGAGUAAACUACAAUUCCCAUUAUCCUUUGCUUUGUGUGCAGGGGGGUGCUUUGCAAAGGUAUAGUCAUAGUGUGUAAGCAGCCUAUGUCAAGAUUUAAAAACAAAAUAAAUUGCAUGUAUGCCUGGAGUAUUUAGACAUGGGAGCCCCAUCAGCACUCAUUUUGCUCACAGGAUUAGCCCCUCAGUGGCAAGUAGGCCACAGCACCUAGGACUGGAGUGACAGCCAUCUUGUUACUGGCACGUUGCAGCAGCAUUCACUAGCCUGUUGCCCUCCAGAUGUUUUGGUCCCAAAAACUGAAGCCCGCAUGGCAGGUGGGAAUUAUAGUUCAAAACGGGGGGGGGGGUACCUGGUUGGUGAAAGCUGCAUUACACUUGUUCUCCUUACCAGGAAGGCAAAACAAACAGGCUCCAAGCAGCUUACUGUGACCAGAUAUCACCUUGGUUACCCAGUCACACCAUUGUACUUUAAUUAGUCAGUGUAUUGGCAGAGGCCAGAUCACUAAUGCCUAUUGAUCAUUGUAGCACCUUUGUUAUAUCACACAUGCAUCAUUUUCAGGUCUCCUGGUAGGGAUUGCUAACAAAAUUUGGCUGUGUGAUAAUUGCCCUAAAUAGGAUUUCUUGCCUUGCUAGGAUUUCAGAGCAAAAAUACACAUCGCUUCUGGAACCUUCCAUGAGGCGAGACCAGACACUACGACAACAAGCCAAUCUGCUGCCCUCCCAUGGUCCACACAGGUGAGAAAGCAGAGUUAUUACUGUAAUAAGUGAGCUUUGAUUAAAAAACCAGCUACUUUGCUGAGUAAACAUGGUUAAGAUUGCACGGGAAGUGGAAAAUUGAACUUGGGUCUCACCAGUCCUUGUACAGCACUCUGUCCACUAUAACACACUGGUGGUAAACUACUUCAGACUGCUGGUACUCACAUGACUCCGCAUUCCCUGUUAUUACUAGUAAUUUGCAGAAGGAAGUCCUGAAGCUUGGUCUAUGGUAUUCUACAGUCUACAGUCUGUAGUAGUUUACUAAGGAAAUGGCAUACAUGCAGCCAUCACUUGGCACUAUAGUCCAGGGGUGGCUAACCACCAGUCGGUGGGAUUGUAUCCAGACCCUGAAGCAAUUUUUUUUGUCCCUACCCCACAAGACUACAUGAGUCUGGUGCAGCUAAAAUAAUUUAUUCUAAAAGUAGGCGACAGUGGAGUGGGCAGAGAGGUUUAAAGCUUUACUACUAGCCCAGUCCUCUGACAUGGGUCACAUCCACACCAUGCAAAAAUCACCUUUCAGCUCCUUAACAAGGACACAAGGGACCCUAGGCAUGCCUCUGUUUGCAGCAUAAUCAUCCUUAGACUGGCUGGAAGAAUAACCAUUGUCACACCUUUCCAUUUCCAGAGCAUCCGAAGCACUCUUCAGAAGCUGGAGCUAGUGGAGAGUGAUAAGGAAUCUGAAGGGGACCAGCUGCAAGAUUUAAGGGAUGCUGAAUACACCCAGAUUCAGUGGGUAACCAGCAGAACCACAUGA